AUGGCAGCCGACACUGAGAAUAUCCGCCAACUGGAAUCCUAUUUAAACUUCAAAGCACGCAUAAAGAUUACGGAUGGAAGAGUCUUUAUAGGUGUAUUUGUUUGUAUCGAUAAACAGAAAAACGUCAUUCUCGCCCAUACAGAAGAGUUCAGAGGCAAUGAACAACGAUUAGUGGGUCUUGUCAUGAUUCCUGGCAAACAUCUGGUGUCCAUGGAGACGGAAGAUUUGGAUGCAGUCUAUUUUUGA